AACCCACAAAAAAAAAAAAAAAAAAAAAAAACCAACCCUGUGCGUGAGGGGGGAGGCAAAGCAGGGCCUUUUAAAAAAGGCGACCACGACAACUUUUGCUGCCAGGAUGCCCUUGCUCUGGCUGAGAGGAUUCUUGGUGGCGAGUUGCUGGAUUAUAGUGCGGAGCUCCCCGACCCCGGGGCCCGAGGGGCCCGGCGCGGCCCCCGCCUGCCCGGCCUGCGCGCUCACCGCCCUGCCCAGGGAUGCCCCCAACUCCCAGCCCGAGAUGGUGGAGGCCGUCAAGAAGCACAUCCUCAACAUGCUGCACUUGAAGAAGAGACCCGAAGUCACCCAGCCGGUGCCCAAGGCGGCGCUUCUGAACGCGAUCCGCAAGCUGCACGUAGGCAAAGUCGGGGAGAACGGGUUCGUGGAGAUAGAGGAUGACAUCGGCAGGAGGGCAGAAAUGAAUGAACUCAUGGAGCAGACCUCGGAGAUCAUCACGUUCGCGGAAUCAGGCACAGCCAGGAAAACGCUGCACUUUGAGAUUUCCAAAGAAGGCAGUGACCUGUCGGUGGUGGAGCGUGCAGAAGUCUGGCUCUUCCUCAAAGUCCCCAAGGCCAACAGGACCAGGACCAAAGUCACCAUCCGGCUCUUGCAGAAGCACCCCCAGGGCAGCUUGGAUGCGGGGGAGGAGGCCGAGGACAUGGGCUUCCCGGAGGAGAGGAACGAGGUGUUGAUUUCUGAAAAGGUGGUGGACGCACGGAAGAGCACCUGGCACAUCUUCCCUGUCUCCAGCAGCAUCCAGCGCUUGCUGGACCAGGGCAGGAGCUCCCUGGACGUUCGGAUUGCCUGCGAGCAGUGCCACGAGACGGGCGCCAGCCUGGUGCUCCUGGGCAAGAAGAAGAAGAAGGAGGAGGAGGGGGAAGGGAAGAAGAAGGACGGAGGAGACGCAGGGGCCGGGGGGGACGAGGACAAGGAGCAGUCCCACAGACCUUUCCUCAUGCUGCAGGCCCGCCAGUCUGAAGACCACCCUCAUCGGCGGCGGCGGCGGGGCCUGGAGUGUGACGGCAAGGUCAACAUCUGCUGUAAGAAACAGUUCUUUGUGAGCUUCAAGGACAUUGGCUGGAACGACUGGAUCAUCGCCCCCUCCGGCUAUCACGCCAACUACUGCGAGGGUGGGUGCCCGAGCCACAUAGCAGGCACGUCGGGGUCCUCGCUCUCCUUUCACUCGACCGUCAUCAACCACUACCGCCUGCGGGGUCACAGCCCCUUCACCAACCUCAAGUCGUGCUGUGUGCCCACCAAGCUGAGACCAAUGUCCAUGCUGUACUACGAUGAUGGGCAAAACAUCAUCAAAAAGGACAUUCAGAACAUGAUCGUGGAGGAGUGCGGGUGCUCAUAGAGCACCCCCGGCCCAGGGGUGGGGGGACAGGAGCCAGAGUUGUCCAGAGAAGAGACGGUGGCAAAACAAAAAACAAAAACAAAACAAACAAACAAAAACAAAAGACAAAACAACAACAACAAAAAAAGAAGAAAUGUUUAAGGUUUCUGAGUUAAACAAGCAGGAAAAAAAGAUAGAGAUUAAGAAAAAAAUAAAUAAACUAAAAAGCAAAACCUGAAACAGAUGAAGGAAGAUGUGGCGAAAUUCCUUAGCCAGGGCUCAGAGAUGGAGCAGAGGACGAGAUAGGAAUUGGGAGGGAGAGGAGAGCGGCACACCCUUCAUUUCUUCUGAUAUCGAGGUGAUGACAUCCGUCGCUUACGCGGGAGUAUUGUCCCCUCCUUUUCAAUCCCCUUUCAGUGUGAGCCUCGAGGUCAACUUGUCUAGUCUGCAGUCAUGUGGGCUGGCACAACCCAAAUAGCAUCUAGAAAGCCAUGAGUCCGAAAGAGCCGGUUACAGGCGCUUUCCCACCCAAUUACCCAGGUUGUAAGGUAUGUCUGUGUGACCCUCUCUCUGUGUAUAUCAGCCCGUGCACACACGCACACAGACACACACACACACACACACACACACAUCCACACACAGAGGCAUUUCCACACGACACAUGCAUACAUGUACUGGUAAGAGAACAAUAGUGUGCAGGCGGUCACACUUCUUUUUUCUGCACCAGUUUUGCAACAGAGCAAAACGAAACAAAAACCAACCUUAAAAAAAAAAAUUUGAGAACAAGAAUGGGAAGAGAGAAAAAUCAAGGAACAAAGAAUACCAAGUUACAUUUCGUUAAGGUGCUUAUGAUCUUAGUACUAUGCAACCUAAUAGGUUUGAAACUGUUUACCUGAGAGAGAACAAAAUGAGAGACUUUUUUGUAUUGGAAGUAACCUGAUUAAUUUUUAUUUUCUUCAAGGAGAGAUACUUGAAAGGAAUAUGUUUGUCCAUCUGUUGGAUCCAAACAUUUCUAUAUUUUGUAAAUGUUGUUUUUUUUUUUAUCGUUUACUAUUUGCACUACAAUGGUGUUUGACCUGUCUAAUCCUUAUUUAACAAGUAUUUUCUUUGGGUGGGGGUGGGGGGGUUAAGAGCUGCACUUAAUGUGAGCUAUAAAAGAACUGCUACAGCACACAAAAUAGCUAUUUUUAUUAUUAUAAUUAUAAUUAUUAUUAUUAUUUUGUACCUUAAAAAAUAGACACAUACACCAAAGACAUUUGUGUGAGCCUUUAAACAGUCUGUCUGUGGUUGGUAUCAUUCACCAUCAGUGAGUCAGGGGUUGGGAUUCAAGGCAGAGUAGGGUGGAUUGUGUUCAGGCCUCGAAGACCUGAGAAGUUUGGUUUUUGACUCCUUUGACAUCCAUGAAACGGGCCAUUUCAUACUGGAUGUACAGUAGUUGUACACUGUCGGCUAUCAUGGAACACUACAUGCUUGUGUGUGUAUAUGUACGUCGCUCGUGCAUAUGCAUACCUGUGUGUAUAUAUACAUGGAUCGCAUCAUGCCCAUGCACAUUUUAAGCACGUCAGGCUGUCAUUUUGUAAUGUUCUUAAAGCAAUGAAUGUUUGUGUGCAAAACACAGUAUUUUUAAGAAGGAUAGGCUAUAGUUUUUGCUUUUCCUCUGAACUAGGUGGGCACAUUUCAAAAAAAUGUGGAUGGGAAGAAGCCUGGAAACUCCAGUGAAUAUUGAGCAAGACCCUCUUUUGUUGUGCAGGGAUCCAGCACCCUCUCUUUCUUGCCCCUCACCUCCAUCCCACCAGGUAUUCCCUGCAGGGAAAACAGGAAACUCAUGUUCUUCAAGGUUCUAGGCUGAUUUUUUUGCAUGCACGACUUUUAUUUAUUUUCCAUUGGAAUCAAUCUUAAAUCAGAAAGCUUUUUCAGAAAGAACAAAACCUAAUCUUUAGGCCAGAAGAAGAGUUGGGUACCUUUUUUUUUUUUUUUUUGUGAUUAAGGCCUAAGCGUGAGAAAUCUUACUUGCUGGGCUAAAUAAUGUUGUUGUCACUAGCUAAAAGAUAAAUAACUUGGAGAAAAGUCUUGAGAGAUUGGGAAGAAGGGAGAGAACGGCAGGGUGGCAGCAAUGGUAAAAAUCCCUAAUGUUUUAAUUUACAGCCCAAACUUCUGAUAUAUAAGUUUGUAUGUAUUGACUCAGAUGCAAAAAAGAAAAAAAACACACUUCAUUUUAUAAAUAUCAAAGUACAUGCUUAAAGCUAAAUUUCUACUAAUUUAUUCCACAGUAUUUAGCUUGCCUAGAAUAGCUAAUAAGUUAUUCACUUAUAUGCUUUUGAAAAUACAGAGCCUUGUUUUUACUGACUUGUUUGUAGUUUGCAAAAAUUGAAAAAAAUACUAAUAAUUUGGAAAAAUUGCAUUCGUUAGUAUUUUGUAAAAUACAGAAGCUUUCAGCCCUCUGUCAAUUCAUAGAUUUAAAAAGAUUAAUGGUAGGAAAAUAAAAUUGUGAGAAACCAAAUGCUCCUAAAGGUGGUUUAGCUCUUCUUGAGAUAUAUAUACUAAAUUGGUGUCCUAGAACUCCAGGCUGUAUGUAGGCAAAUUAUUUUAAUGUUAUUACUGGGUAGAUAUACUUAACUGCAUCUCGAAGUCUGCCCUUUCUUCUGCAAAAAUACAACAUGUACUACAAGGGAGUGGACUCUAAUUAAUUGUAAGAGGGAGAGCAUGCAAAGUUGGUACUUGCUUCCUCACUCUUAACCGUUGGCCGGGAGAUCGUUGAGGUUGGCAAGGUGGGCACCGUGAGGAAAGUUUCAAGGUGAGGGGGAUGGUGAUGUUCAGCUUUACAAAUUUGCAUGAAAAAUUUAGAGGGCCUUUCAGACUGCUUUUUAUGUGGUAGUGGCACUAAUAAUGGAACCCGCAAAGAUAGCGUGUAGAACCAAGUCCUAGUGCACAGGGCACUAGCAGAGAUGGUCAGAGCAGUGGGAAAAGCAGGCCGCUCAAAGAUAGCUGCCUGUUGGUGGCUCCCAUUCAUCUCAAGUGUGUGCACCAUCUUUUUAAGCCCUUUAAAAGAGUGCUGGACACAGUUGGGGGUGAGAUGGAGUUUGGUUAGUGGCCAUAGUAAUUGCAAACAGAGCAAAAUGAAAUCCCACGUGACAAUAUUUGAAUGGGAUGUGUUAGUUGAGAUGAAAUGAUUGGGUUAUCAAGCAUCCCCAAUCUUUGACAUUAUUUCAUUACAUUUAUGUGGCCUUGAAACAGAAUUAGAAAUUGCUGCUAUCUUUAAUAAUCUUGGAAGAUACGCAGGCUUGUAAACAACCACACUUUUCAUGUAGCAGCAUGAAGCCAAAAGAAAAAGCUUUUAAAUUCUACGAUAUUGGUUCUUCACAGUAGGUUUUCCUUAAAACAGGGUGGCUCUAUCUGAUCUUAGCAUCUCUCUGCUCUUUCUCUAGGGCUAAUCUCUAGGCUCUUAAAAAUCUACUCAUACCAAUCUUAAAAGCUCUGAAAAGUAUUUUUUAAGAAUGAUAAUUAUUUGGUAGUUUGGGUUCUUUCUUUCUUUCUUUAUCUUUAUUUAAAAAAAAAAAAAAAAAAAAAAAAAAAAGCAUGGCAAGUUCCAGCACACUGAGUUGAGAUUUUCUUGUCCCUGAAGACCAAUCAAUUUCAUAGAUAUUUAAGAUUGAUUCCACACUUUGUUUUCAAGGAGAAUGCCUGCAUUCUCCUCUAAGGAAGAGCAAAUGAAUUUUGUUUUUCACCCCCACGGGAUUGGACCUCAAGAAGUAACUCUAAAAAACAGAGAACACAAAUGCCUCAGUUGUAUUAAGCUUAGAUUCAAAUUAUUAUGUUCACUUGAAAAAAUGAUUUCCUGGGGGCCUUUUGGCAACUUCCCUUUUCAAUGUAGAGAAGAACUUAGUCACCCUGAAACCCUACACAAUAAAUGGAACUUGUAGAUGUGGGCAGAAGGUUUGGGGGUGGACAUUGUGUGUGUUUAAAUUAAACCCUUUAUCACUGAGAAGCUGUUGUAUGGGUCAGAGAAAAUGAAUGCUUAGAAGCUGUUCACAUCUUCAAGAGCAGAAGCAAACCACAUGUCUCAGCUACAUUAUUUAUUUUUUAUGCAUAAAGUGAAUCAUUUCUUCUGUAUUAAUUUCCAAUGGGUUUUACCCUCUAUUUAAAUGCUUUGGAAAACAGUGCAUUGACAAUGGGUUGAUAUUUUUCUUUAAAAGAAAAAUAUAAUUAUGAAAGCCAAGAUAAUCUGAAGCCUGUUUUGUUUUAAAACUUUUUAUGUUCUGUGGUUGAUGUUGUUUGUUUGUUUGUUUGUUUGUUUUUAUUAUUAUUUUUUUUUUGGCAUACUACAUGCAGUUCUUUAACCGACGUCUGUUUGGCUAAUGUAAUUAAAGUUGUUAAUUUAUAUGAGUGCAUUUCAACUAUGUCAAUGGUUUCUUAAUAUUUAUUGUGUAGAAGUACUGGUAAUUUUUUUAUUUACAAUAUGUUUAAAGAGAUAACAGUUUGAUAUGUUUUCAUGUGUUUAUAGCAGAAGUUAUUUAUUUCUAUGGCAUUCCAGCGGAUAUUUUGGUGUUUGCGAGGCAUGCAGUCAAUAUUUUGUACAGUUAGUGGACAGUAUUCAGCAACGCCUGAUAGCUUCUUUGGCCUUAUGUUAAAUAAAAAACCUGUUUGGGAUUUA